ACAGCAUCCCCCACUCACGCCCCGGCUCCUGGUAAGAACCAGGACGAGUUAAUGAUGCAGCAGCAGCAGCAGCAGCUUCUGUUGCAGCAGCAGUACGCCGCAGCUCUGGUGGUUUCGCAGCAGUACGCAGCGGCCCGGGCGGCCCACGCGGCGGCGGCCAUGGCCGCUGCAGCUACUGGUCCGUCGUACUACGAUCCUGCGACCGACGAUCCGAUGAUGUACCACCAUCAUGCGGCGGCCACGCAUGGCUAUGGUUCUUACGAUCAUCCUACAGCUGUAGGUGUAGGAGGUCCAUCUUACGAUGGUGCAGGCUAUGAUGACAGUCCUCAGCACGAUGCUCUUGUUCAUCAUCCCUUGGGUGGAGGAGGUCCUGCGUAUGAGAACAUCAAAGUUCCUAAAGCCGUCACUUUUGGCGACCUGCCACCCUCGUCGCUGGAUGGUGAAGGGAAAGCGGGAGGAGCCGCUGUCUCUGGUGGACGUGGUGGCUCUUCUAGUGCGAGCAGAAACAGGGGCAAGAACAACAACCUGAUCUCCCGUCUGCCUCCAGGACUAGAGGUGGUUUUUGAAGAGUCGGAGAGUUGCAGCGGCCGCUCCUCUUCCUCGGCAGCUACUACCUCCGGCAGUCCGGCAGAUCGCGGUGCUGCUACGAACGCUUUGCCGUCGCCGACACAUAAUAUCAUCCCAGAUGAACAACACCAGUCUGCUCUGCAGGGCAACGUGACCAGUAGUCCCCCGACGACCAACAUGCGGUUGCCGCCUGAGCUGCCAUCUUGCCUUACCCAGCUAAAGAACCGGCAGAGGUAGAAGUUGUGAAUGACUUUCACUUUUCUUCUUCGAUUGACAUUGAACGCAAAAUCUAUGUAUCUAUAGUUGUACUCUAUCCAUAACUAUUCUAUAACUCCACCACAUAGGACAGGAAGAUAAAACCUCAUUUUCGACGACGGCCGAAGUCAGGAUGAAAAAUGAAAAACAAAAACAACACAUGCAAUAGCAACAAGUACAUGAACAUCAUCACGGUUGAAAAUCGGAAAUAAAACUUUUGCCUUUUCCUUCGUUAAAAAGAGGAAAGAGAGAACCCCGGAAAAGGAAAAACGAGACAGACCAUGCGGUCUGAUGUUGUUGAAAAUGCAGUUAUAGUUACUAGUUUUUUCAUCUUCUCGAGUUGAACAAAUGUAGGAUUAUUUUUUACAAGAACAAACCAAGUACGGACGAAAUUGCGCAUAAAAACAGGCAACUACUAGUACACCACUCUAAUUUGUGGUGUUGCGGUUGUUUUUUUCUUCAUAGAAAAUGAGCUACAUAUGGUUUUUCAUCAUCAUCAAUCAUCUGCGUAUUAAGGAUUUUUUACAGUGCAUAAUGUUCUCUGACCGCCUUCUUGUUGUACUAAAGAGGCUACUCAAUAUGGAUUGCAAAAAUGUCUGGGUCUGGAAGGGAUGUAACUUGUCAUGCUAAAUCUGAAUCAUAUUGCCAAAAGCUGUCCACUUUUGACUUAAGCGACAGGCAGUUUCUCAUGCAGGAUAGGCAUGAUAGAACUCUCACAGAAUCUGUAAUGCUAU